AUGUCUGCCGCGGAGCCAUCGUCCAGGUUUAGCCAUCUGCCUCGCGCGGCGUCUGACGCAUUGCAAUGCUCAGUUACCGGUCCGUUGCUGCUUUCCCUUGCCCGGUACAAUAAAGGCUCUGCUUUCCCGGACGAUGAGCGCAAAGCGUUUGCGCUGCACGGACUGUUGCCGCCCAAGAUCCAGACGCUCGAGGAGCAGGCUGAUCGUGCCUACCAGCAAUAUUCCAGCUGCGGUGACGACCUCUCCAAAAACACAUUCAUGGCCAGCAUGAAGGUGCAGAACGAGGUCCUGUACUACAAGCUUCUCCAAACGCACUUAAAGGAAAUGUUUAGUAUCAUAUACACUCCCACCGAAGCAGAUGCCAUUCAAAACUACUCUCGUCUGUUCAGAAAGCCGGAGGGUUGCUUUCUCAACAUUCGCGAUCAGGAUGCAAUUGACGAGUGCUUGGCUGCUUACGGCAACGCCGAGGAUAUCGAUUAUAUUGUAGUCAGCGACGGCGAAGAACAGAUCUUAGGCAUCGGAGAUCAGGGCGUCGGUGCCAUCCUCAUCUCCGCCGCGAAACUGACCAUUGCGACCUUGUGCGCUGGCAUUCACCCAUCACGUCAGCUUCCCGUCGUCCUGGACUGCGGCACCAAUGCUACUUGGAUACGCGGCUCUUCUUUCAUCUUUAUUGACUUUGCAAGUGAGGACUUUGGCAUCCAAAAUGCAAAGCGAAUCCUCGACAGAUAUCAGUCUCAGAUACCAUGCUUCAACGACGACAUUCAAGGUACCGGCUGUGUCACCGUUGCUGCUAUUCUUGCUGCACUACAUGUCAGCGACGUCAAGGUCACGGACGUCCGGGCCGUCAUAUUUGGUUCAGGCACCGCUGGGAUGGGGAUUGCAGACCAACUCGCCGACACCAUUGCCAGGCAAGCAGACAAAUCCAGAGAGGAUGCGCGCAAGCAAAUAUGGUGCAUCGACAAACUCGGCCUUCUCCUCAAGUCGCACGGCGACAAGUUGACUGCUUCCCAAGCGGAAAUUGCAAGGGACACGGACGAGUGGUCAACCGACAAACAACAUGGCCUGCUCUCUGUCAUCCAGCGCGUCAAGCCGCAUGUCCUAGUUGGAACAUCGACCGUGCCAAACGCCUUCGACGAGACGGUCAUUCGCGAAAUGGCCAAGCACGUCCAGAGGCCCAUUGUCUUUCCUUUGAGCAACCCAACUCGUCUACACGAAGCGCGACCAAAAGACCUCUUCACUUGGACCGACGGCAAGGCUCUCGUCGCGACCGCCGAGUGCAACAACUCUACUUGCUUUCCUGGCAUCGGCCUCGGCGCCGUUUUGUCUCGUAGCCGGCUCGUGUCCCGGAAGAUGCUGGUCGCAGCCGUCGAAGCGCUCAAGCUGAAGUCGCCUGCCCUGGGGAACCCUGCGCGCGCUCUUUUGCCUGAUGUGCAGGACGUGCGCGAAGUGAGUGUCGAGGUUGCUGCCAAGGUGAUUCAAUGUGCCGUGGAGGAAAACCUCGCGCAGGAGAAGGACAUCCCCCGCGACGAUGGUGAACUCAGAGAAUGGAUAAGGGCGCAAAUGUGGGAUGCUGCAUACCGGCCGCUAGUCAAGCAAAACGUGAAGAAUUAA